AUGUCUCUGAUUCCCCCUGUUCUGGGGGUGCUGUCUCGUGCUUUCCUCUUCUUCCUGACCUCUCGCUCCACGUGGGGAUGGACAGGGCGGCAGGAGGCUGUGAGUUCCCGCAACAUCACUGAAGCUGAUGCUCGUGGUCGGCCGCCCUGUGCAGAAGGCAGGCAAGGCUGGGUGAGAGGGGAGCUCCUCCUCGGAGGUCAUGGAAUCUGUAAGGACAGCAGCGAUCUCUUUGUCCCUUCCUCCUGUAGCCUCUGCCUGAAUCAUGACAGCAGUCUUGGGCGCGUCUAUAUUGGCCUCCAUUGCCGGGAUGGACACCCAGCACUAUUGCUGGCUAGCAUGUACAUGCUAGAUUUGCCCAGACCUAAGCCCUGUUUUCAGAAUUUUUUUUUUUUUCUGUUGUUUCUUUGA